AAACCCGAGAAAAGGAGGCUUUUUCUAUACUACCCGCAUUACUUACUUGUCAGUCAGUGAGAUAAAGUAAAGUGACAGAGUCUCCGAACCAAAACCGGGUAGCGGUGGGUGAUGAUGACGAUGGUGAUUUAGCCUGGCUGGUCAGAUCCCUGAUAAUUUAAAUCCCAUUUAAAUAGAGGCUUGGCUCGGCUGCUUGAAAUCUAAGUUGGAGCAACAGAUCGUGCCAGGAAAUGACGAACAACACGAUACAUUGAAAUUAAACACGGAAAACCAACAAAUCAAUCUGUGAACGACUGUAAUAUUUGUGUACAUUCCUCAAAAGUGUAGCCCCACCUAUAUCAUUUUAGUUUUCAAUCCAAAACAAAAUGUGAUUCGAUACUCUGUCUUUCAAAGAAUAUUAUUCUUCAAGAUAGGAAAAGUUUUGUGAAAGUUGGAAACUUUUUUUGCGGCUUUGGUCAUACUUUGUGGGAAAUCGGCAUCGAGGGAGUGCUUAUUCGUGUACCAAGAUGGGCAACAUUCACACCGUCGGUCCCAACGAAGCCCUUAUCGUGUCAGGAGGAUGCUACGGUUCGACGACAAAAAAGACCAUCGUGGGUGGAUGGACGUUCGCAUGGUGGUUGGUGACUGAUGUACAGCGAUUGUCAUUGGAGGUAAUGACCGUGAAUCCAAUGUGUGAACAUGUCGAGACGGCGCAAGGAGUCCCUCUCACAGUGACUGGGGUCGCUCAAAUCAAAGUGAUGCGUGCGGAUGACUUGUUAAGAACGGCGGCUGAACAAUUUUUGGGCGUUCCAGUCAACCAGCUUAGGGGAACAGUUAAUCAAACGCUGGAAGGCCAUUUACGUGCCAUUCUGGGAACCCUGACUGUGGAAGAAGUGUAUCGUGACCGUGACCAAUUUGCGAGUCUAGUAAGAGAAGUUGCUGCGCCGGACGUGGGACGGAUGGGAAUUGAAAUCCUCUCAUUUACCAUUAAAGACGUAUUUGAUGAUGUCGAGUAUCUCAGUUCUCUGGGGAAAUCUCAGACCGCAAAUGUACGUCGUGACGCCGAUGUCGGUGUGGCGCAGGCUGGGCGAGAUGCUGGAAUUCGGGAAUCAGAAUGCCAGAAAUCUGCCAUGGAUGUCAAGUACUCCACAGACACGAAGGUGGAGGAUUGUUUCCGCAUUUACAAACUUCAACAAGCUGCCUUUGACAAAGAAAUUAACACUGCGAAAGCAGAAGCUGCCUUAGCCUAUGAACUUUCUGCUGCCAAAGUGAGUCAGAAAUUGAAGCACGAGGAAAAAUUGUGUGAUGUUAUCGAACGAAGGAAAUUGGUUGAAGUUGAAGAACAAGAAGUUCAAAGGAAGGAAAGAGAUUUAGUCGCUGCCGUGAAGUUGCCGGCCGAAGCAGAAGCUUACCGAGUUCAAACCGUGGCUGAAGGGAGACGAACGGAGACACUGGAAGUAGCCCGAGCAGAGGCGGAACGGAUCAGAAAAAUUGGUCAAGCAGAGUCCGAAGCUAUCGCUGCCGUUGGAAAAUCUCAGGCAGAAACAAUGAAGGCGAAGGCCUCCUCGUACGCCAACUUUGGAAAUGCUGGAAUCUGUGCUAUGAUUACUCAACACCUGCCCCAAAUCGCGGCCGAAGUUUCAGCCCCACUUGCAAAGAUUGAAGAUAUCCUAAUUAUUGGAGGAAACAAAGAUGGGAGCAGUCUAGUUGGAGAACUGACAAAGACGAUUGGAACAUUAAACCCGUGUGUACAAGCGCUAACAGGAAUCAACAUUGCUUCAGCAGUGGGUCAAAAACUUAGCGGAAGUGGAAGUGCUAGUGGAGAUGGAAAGGGGCGUGGAAAGUAAAAUUUCAACUAAAGCCGUUGCGCGUUGUUGCGCGUUGUUGCGCCUACAAUAAGUGCAAGAAAGAAAUCAAAAAUGUCCAAAUAUAUGAAAUAUUAAUUACUACUACUACGUAAUAAGUAUUGCCAUACAUAUGUUUAUAAGUUGUAGAUAGUUAUAAAUUACUACCUAAUUGUUGCCAUUUUUAUUAAUUUUAAACAUUCAUUAUCAAAAUUGUGAACCGUUUAGCUGUAUCUAUCUAUGUACAUUCGCUUUCCCUGUCAAAAUACUAAUAUCCCAAAAUUUUGUGAUUUCCUCUCCAAAAACAAAUUAUCUGUCACAAUUUAUUAAUAUACUCAAUUUUAAAUCAACUGAUACUAAAAUAACGGAUCUGAAAAAAACUCUUUGUACGUACUCCACCAACUCAUUCGUCCAGACUGUGAAGCCAAUUUAUUUAGGACAAAAUUUAUUUAGCUAAAGAAAAUAACCUGCUUAGCUUUUAUUCAGCUUGACAAACCAAUUAUUAUUAUCAAUGAAAUGAAAACUCACAGGUUGAAUAUUUACAAGGACAAAACAAGAUAAUACAUAAUAUAAUAAUUGAAAUAUGUAUGCAAAAUUAGUCGUUUACUUAGAUUACUACAAAAUCUACUACAAACAAGUAUGUAUUCAUUUUUUGAUAAUAUUUGCCAUUCACACUGCCAGCAAAAUAUAUACACAAACAAGGUUAUCGAAUUGAAGGAUUUUAUGUACCUAUAUUUGUAUUACUCUGCUGCUUUCCUUACUUAUUAUGGAAAAAUAUAUAUCACUCUUUCCUGUUUUUAGUGCAUUUAAUAUUUUUGUAACAUUGGGAUUUUCUAAACUACUGACUGAACGGAAAUGUAUGGCUAAACAAGAACACACCUAGUCUGUCAGGUACAUAUUUACAUACAAUUGCUUAUAUGUAGUGUUUUAACUUUGUUAUACAAAAGUACUUAUCAUUACAGAAAUAAUAUUUGAUCCAGUAUAAACACAAUUUAUUUUGUUGCGCUAUUGCUAAUGAAUGAUUAAUUACGUUAUUUUUAUUGUCUAAAUAGUUAGUUAAUGGUCACGAUGAGUGUAUAGACAAAUGAUGAUUGUUAGCGUACUUAUUUAGGGGAUUAGCAAAAUUGUUCAUUAAUUAUUAGCGUGGAAUAAAUGGAAAGUUAUUGUUGCAUUAUGAAAUUCUA